AUGAGUUUCCAGGCCAUAGUUUCCCAAUUCUUCCAGUGGCAAACCUCAAUCGUUGUCCGUUGGCCGUUACCCUUUCUGAUUAUUCCACCUAUCAUAUCGACUGUUCUAGUGACUAUCACAGCGAUGGAUUUCCAUUUGGUGACCACAAAUGAAACUUUACAAGUUUUUCUACCAGACCAGAUGCAGAGCUUGAAUGACCUGAAAAGACUGAUGGAAAUAUUUCCUCCUAAAGAUCCUCAACGUGAUACAUACAGCAUGUUCGGAACUAACUUUGCAUUUGCCGAGCUUGUAGAUGACGAUAACAUACUGUCAACAAACAGUAUUCUAGAAUUAUCCCGUCUUCACCGUUUUGUGCUCAAUGUUAAGACUCCAGACGGUAUAUCAUUCGAGGAUGUCUGUGCUAAAGAAACUGCCGAUUCCGCGUGCAUCUUGCAUCCAUUUCUUUUUGCACUGGAGGAUGAAUCAGCACUCUUCACUAUUCAAUUCUUCUUGCAUUAUCCUAUGCUGACGUUCGCGGAUACCACUAUCGAUAACGCUGCAAUUUUCGGAGGAGUAACCACCGAAAAAACCACGGACCUGAACUCAAAAAUCUUAAAAGCAAAAGCUGUUCGCCUACCGUACAUGCUCAAUGUUGGACCAGAUGCCGUAUCAUGGUUGCAGCAGUUUCUUUCCCAAAUGAAAAGCUACAACACGAGUCGUAAGCUGUAUUUUUCAUCAUCCAUUAGUCUUGCGAAAGAAAUGGAGAGAAAUAGUGAAUUACUAUUCCCUUACAUGCCCUGGACAGUUGUAGUUCUGAUUGUUUUCUGUAUGAUUAUAUGCUCAUCUAGCAACCCUGUCAGGUCUCAGCCAUGGAUAGGAUUUUUUGCUCUGCUAAAUGCUACCAUUGCAACCAUAGCUAGCACAUCGUUCCUGAUAUACAUAGGGUUUCCAUUCUUACCUCUAGUGUUCAUUAUGCCUUUUUUGGUCAUUUCAAUUGGAACAGAUAACAUGUUCUUGAUGUUAAAGAGUUGGCGUCUGGAACAAGAAGAGGUUGAUGUUGAAAAGAGAUUCGUAAAAGCACUAACUGAGACAGCAUCUUCUUUGUUUUUGACAUCCUUAACAGACGGUUUAUCCUUCUCAAUUGGUAGUAUCUCUGAUUUCUUUGCUGUCCGCAUUUUCUGCACUUACUGUGCUAUGGCAAUUCUCUUCAUGUUCUUCUUUCAAGUGACAUUCUUCAAUGCUCUGAUGGUUCUAUGCUGUCGUCGAGAAGUUUCUCGCAGGCAUUCUCUACUUUGUUGUGUGAAAUACAAAAAAAUGCCUUCAACAAACGAAGAAGCUUUUGCUUCGAGAUCUCUGCCUUCAAUCCCUCUAGGCUGUCUUUUAGCCAGUUUAGCUGAAAAGCUCAUUUUCAAACUAUUUAUCUUAGUCGUAUAUAUCAUAUACCUGCUCACCUCUAUCUAUUAUGCCUUAGGACUACCUCUAGGAUUGGAUUUGAAACUUUUAGCACCUGAUGAAUCCUACGUCACGAAGGAACUGCGGUUGCAGGAAGAAUUUUUCAAUGACUAUGGACAAUACUGUUUCACAACCAUUCACACGGAAAACUUGACUUUAUGGAAACCAGAUGUGAGACAGAACCUUCUGAAUCUGUAUAAUGAUAUGUCGAGUUCACCAUACGCAUCGAAAGCAGAAUUCUGGCUGGAAGACUUCGAAGAAAUUCAUCAAGGAGUCAGCUACACCACGGAUGACUUUUUGUCUCAUCUCCACACUUUUCUCGUGAUCCCUAAGAACAGCAAGUAUCAAAAUGAUAUAAAAUUUGGCUCCCAUUCAAUUGUAACGACAAAGUUCUUAUUGAGAGUCAGGAUGAUAUCUUCGAAAAAUGAUUGGCCUCGAGCAAAAUAUUUGCGCAAAACACUAGAAGAAAGCGUUUUCACAGGAUUUGUUUACGACACGAGUUUCCUACUUGUUGAUCAGCAGUAUAUCACAGUCUACAAUGUAGUAACAAAUGUUGUCACUGCCAUGAUCUCCAUGUUAUGCAUUUGCAUUUUGAUGGUGCCUCGUCCGAUCUCAGCGUUAUGCAUAGCUAUAUCAAUCUUGUCAAUCAACAUUGGGGUAGUUGGAGCCCUAUCCGCAGUAUCAACCCGCUUGGAUAUAAUUUCUAUGAUAACCAUCGUUAUGAGUAUAGGAUUCUCAGUGGAUUAUGUUACUCAUACAACCUUCCACUAUGUGACGCAACGAGAGAAACGUUUAGAGAAAUGUCUGGUCGUGAUGACAGACCCUAUUCUCCAAUCGGCCAUCUCCACUAUUGUCGGAGUCUCUUUAUUAACCUUGGUUCCCUCUUAUAUCAUUCGAACCUUUGUUUACACGGUAUUUUUCGUCGUUUUUAUAGGCAUUCUGCACGGUUUGCUCUUCCUCCCUGUCUUGCUGAGUACUGUGGUUCCAAACUCGGAAUACUUAGAGCCUUACCACUCACCCAAGGUGGAAAAUAUUAUAUUUGAAAAUAUCUAUCGUUCUAACAAUAAAACUUAA